UUAAUAGCGUAUAUUUAUCUUUUAGGAUUGCAUGCACGAGUCUUACAGGAGCUCUUUACCACUUCACAGCAUAUUGGUAGAGGAAGAUCGAAAUAGUCUUGAAAACAAUGGGUCGUCUUCAAGGUGUCCUUACAAUAUUUUGACUAUUGAUGAUGCUUCACCAAUUGAAUCAGCCAGAGCAAGAUUUUUGGAUAUCAUUGUAGAUAAUUUUAUUGACACGCAUCUGAUUGAAAGGCCUGAUUAUGAGGCAGACUACAUGAUGCAGCAAUCCUCACAAGAAAAACUGAGCAAGAGGAAAUCCAGAGAGUUCAGAUAUGAAGGCGAUGCACACUAUGCUCUGCCCUUGAUGUAUAUCGCAAACAUGUAUGAAACCUUGGUCAAUGAAGUUAAUAUGAGGUUAUCCUCCAUGAAUGGCAUGCGUGAUAAAACCAUUGGUGUGGCCCUUGAAGCUGCUGGUGGUUUGUAUAGAAAGCUUGCAAAGAAAUUUCCAAGGGAAGGAACCUGUGCGUUCAAAAGACGAGAAUUGGCAACUUCUUUCGAAACAAGGUCAAGAUUUCCUGAACUAGUGAUACAAGAGGAGAAACGUGUUCGUUUCGUAGUGGUAAAUGGUUUGACUAUCACCGAAAAACCAACAAAAAUUGGUGCUGAUGAUGCUGAGUGGUUCAAAAGAUUGACAGGACGAAAUGAAGUGGCUGUCUCUGCUGGAGACUACAAGUUUUAUGCGCCAAGACACAAGUAUAGGCGUGUGGGGUCAAACUCCAUUUCCAAUGUUAACAGUUUGCCUAAUACUGAGCAGACUCCGACAAAACAACAUAUGCAGCCAAUCUCGCAUCAGGUCCAGUUUCAUCCUCUACAUCAGAGCCAUCAGAAUCAUAUUAGUCACAAUCCACAGGCAACACACUUUAUGCACAGCCAACAGUGUGUGCCUGAACUUUCUCAUAACCAGGACUCAUCAACCAUCCCCCAACACAUUGCCUGCUUACAACCUAUUGGUCAUGUUGGAGGACGUUUGCAUGUACUGGCAACAAGCCCAGCAAAAUUUUGUGAUGAAUGUGGAGCUCCUUAUUUAAGGGAGACCUCAAAGUUCUGCUCAGAAUGUGGCACAAAGAGAUUAGGAAUCUGACAUGAAUUUCAGAUAUUUCUCUUGUAACUUGUAAUUGGUAUGUUCUUUUUCUUUUUUCAUUUUGUUUGGCAAAUGAUUUAUUAAUAUAAAAUUGUUCAUAAGUC